GAUAGGACGGGAUAGUGUUAAAGUUAGUACACGAUAAGACGUCUGUGACAUAAUUUGAGAGGAAAUCUGAGAACUUUAUCUUAUGUUAAUGAAGAUGGUAGUGAUAUGAAAACACCUAACGAAGUAAAACAUGGACAAUGAAAGUUUUGAAAACAUAGAUUCCGGUAACGAGAAAAAACAUACAAAGUGCAAUACUGAUGAAGGUUUCGAUAAUGUAGAUAAGAGAUUUCGCAAUGUUCGCAAUAUUGAUACACAUAGUUUAGGCAAUAGAAUAGACCCUACGAAUGGAGACUUUGAACAGGAUGAUGAACUUAAAAGCGACAAAAAUGAAGAACAAGACGUGAACACAGACGAUAACGACAAUCAGCGAGAGUUCGUACAAGAAGAAGAUAAGGUAAACAACAAUGAGGAUAAAACUACAGCUGAUUCAGUCGGGAACCACUCAACACGUGUAAAUGGAAACGGAAAUAAAACUGAUUUCAGUUCAAACCAUACAGAUGAGAAUUUAGAAUCACCGCAAGAUACUGUGAAUCAUAUAGAUGAACCAAAGGAAUCCGAAAAUAAAUGCAACAAUGUCGAUACUGAAAAUCAUAACAGGAAGUCAUCUGAUGAAAGUUUGGAAACCGAUGAAGAAGAAAUUUUACAAAAGACAAAAUUUGUAAAUUCCGACGUACCUAGACGUCCUUCUAGAUCUCGCCGUUCAGGUGUGGUGAAUGAUACAACUUUCAUAGAACGUUUAUUGUCUACAGAAAGUUCAACAGAAGAUGUAAAUAAUGAUGAUAUACUAGAUUUAAUUCAGAAAGAGGCUGACAUUAACAACAGUGUUAAUGAGGAAGAUUCGUCAAAACAAGCAAAUUUCUUUAUUGGCACUCCUCCGCCAACAAAAACAGCAGUUGAUCCUUUGGAGAAAGAAAAUACGUCAAAAGAAAACGAGGCAACAUAUGAAAACGAGGCAACAUAUAAACCACUUGAAGCUGCACCAGAUGUAUAUUAUGAGGAGGGACCAAAACGACUGAAAAGACAUACCAUAGAAAAAGAAGACUUUUCAGGUGCUAAGACAUUUCAAGAUAAGAAUAAACUUAUUGUGAAGUAUCCAAAUAGAAAAGUCAGUUUUGAACACCGUCUUUUACAUGUUCCCGAUCCACAUGAUAAAACAAUAUCACCAUUAACAAUAGACGUUGGCUCUGCAUCUCCGAAACCUAUUCUAAAAACACCAACACGACGAACUAGUUUUGAGUCGCAUAUGGUUAGACAUAUACAACCGACGGGACAUUUAAAUUAUGGUUAUCUUCAUGAUGAAUUCAAAGAUAAACUUGAAAAGAGAAAAGUAAGUUUAGAAACAAGACAUUUCUAUAAUCAGGAUUCUGAAUUAUAUGAUGACAAUGAGUAUGAAAAUUAUACAGAUGGAAACUCGAAACCUGGAAUUGAAACAGGACAAUUCGUUAAACGGGAAAAGGAAAACGGCGUCAGCUUUCAAAAUGGUACUUGUGAAAGAUCAAAUUCAGAUGAAGACUUUUCAAAUGGCGAAUUGAGAAGUUUUUCAAAGCGACCAAGUCUAAUAUUUGACGACGACUGUGAUAUAAUAAAUAAAAACUUUUCUGCACAUCUCAGGAAAGAUUCCAUUGCUCUGACUAGUGAGAAACUUCACCAGCUUGAAAGUAUUCAUCGACAUUAUAACUCAUGUGAUUAUGAUAUGAAAGAAUCGAAGUGGAAGAAAGCGUUGUCGAAUUGGAAGAAGUUCCAGCUUCAUCUGUGCGUAAUCUGCAUAUUUAUUGCACUAUUGGCAAUCGUCAUUGUAGGAUGGCAUUUUCAUCAUAGAUCUAGUAAAAUAGAGAAAAUUGGCAAGCGAAUAUUUUUUGACCCAGCAACACAUGAAAUUUAUUUAUCAAACCCAGGAGAUACACACAGAUUAAAUGGUAAGAUAGGUAUUAAUGUGCCAACGUGGCAAUUGCCGUUCCAUUGUCAUACGGAGGCUGAAAAAGCCACGUAUACAUGUUUAAGAUGGAAACAUGGUGCCAUUCUCCGAAUAUCUUACUUUGAAAGACCCGAUGUCAAUUGUUAUAACAUCUCAUGGGAACAAUUGAAGCAUGAUCUUAUACCAUUCGACUGUUUUGAUCUCGGAGCAGAUCAAUGGUACGGACCAGGUAAUCAGUCAAGCCCUUUUUGGCCUUUGAAGUCCGAGUCGUUUGAAUUUAGUGCAUCUAUGUCCAGACAUUUUGAUGCUGGCACGUUUAGUUCUGCGAUUGAUUACCACUGGAUUUCCUCUGGAGGGUCCGCUAUAUUUGUUCCAAAUGAUGUUCCCCUAGAAGUUAAAUGGAAUAAACGGAAGGGUCAAAUGUGCCUGAUUUCUAAAUAUUCAGGUGAUUUCUAUGGAGGUCACACGUUAGAAAACGCACGCUUGAAUUACACCAUUUGCAGUGGGAAAGAUGCUGUUACAACCUACAAAUAUACAAGAACACUAAUGGGUAAAUUACCCAAAAUAUUACCUUCGAAAUCAGUUCUUGAAAAACCAAUAUGGUCGGCUCGAAUCAAUAGUACUAUCGAUAUAGACAAGGAAAAAAUUACAACUAUGCUGCAAAAACUCAAAGAUGAAAAUUUGAAAUGCAGCGUGUUUGAAAUAGCUGGACAGUGGCAAAAACGGUUUGGGGAUUUGGAUUUUAAUAACAAUACAGUAAACAAUAUUUUCAAUAUAAGCGAAUUAGUUACAAGUAGGGACUGUUCACUUUCAGUAGAGAUUAAUCCUUACUUUGAUGUUUUGUCUUCCAAUUUCAAAGAAGGCAUUAAAAAAGGAUAUUUCAUUAAAGAUUCGGGAAAACAUGCCCCUGGAAUUGUAAAUUUUCGAAAUGAAAUGAAUGCAAUGCUGGAUGUAUCUGAAACGGAUGCAAGUGAUUGGAUGAAAUAUAAAUUAGGACAGCUGAAAGAACGAUACAAUAUUCAAAGUUUUUCGGUUAUAUACGGGGAACCCUAUUGGAUACCAUAUAAUCCGUCGUUUCAUGCAUCAAAUCUUAAUCCCAGUACACUUCGUGAAAAGUUUUCUGAAAUGUUUUCUUCGGUCGUUUCAACUUCAGAUUCAGAUAUAAUUCAAGGAACGUCAAACUCGCAGAAUAUUCCACACCUUAUACCAGUUCCAGCAAAAAUCACGAUGCGUAAGGAAAAACUAUGUUUAACUGGUGUGAUAGAAAGAACAUUAGCUUUGGGUAUCAAAGGAUAUCCAUUUGUUGUCUCGGAUCUGUUUCCAGAUGGCUCGAAUAAAAGGAGAAGACUACCCUCUAAGGAUCUGUAUAUAAAAUGGAUCCAGUUAUCAGCCUUCUUUCCAGCAAUGCGAUACAGUAUAAUGCCGUGGGAAUAUGAUCAAUCAGUUAUAGAAAUUGCCAAAAAUAUGACAAAGGUACACAAAUUGUAUAUCACAGGGACCGUUUUAUCGCUAAAGGGAGAAAUCCAAGCUGGUUUACCGAUAAUAAGACCAAUAUGGUGGGUAUUUCCAGACGAUGAAGAAGCGUUCAAAGUUUCAGAUGAGUUCUUGGUAGGAGAUAACAUAUUAGUUGCACCCGUUCUGUGUGAAGAUGUAAAUCAAAUAAAGAUAUAUUUUCCAGAAGGUAUGUGGAGUGAUAAAUCAAAUGGUCAGUUGAUACAAGGUAAAAGUUGGAUUACCUAUGAAGUGAACAAGAAUAAAAUACCCUACUUUUUUAGGGUAAAAGUUCUUUCUAACGAGGUGGCUCUGGAUUAAUUAUAGAUCUACAAAUAUGUACUGGUGAAUUAUAUAGAUAUCUAUGGAUAAUUAUUGUGUUAGAGAUUGUAGAAAAAUAACUUAUUCUGCAGUCAAACUUAAAAAAAGGAAUAUCGCAGUAACUGUUAUCUUAUAUGUGCCUUAAUGCUACAAAACGAUCCUGCAAGAUGUCAAAGAAAAAAAUUGAAGACAGGAUUUUGUGUAAAUUUGAAAACAUAGCACCAAAAACAAUUAGUUUGUUCUGUUUGUAAAUAUCAUUGUUACCAAAAACAUAAACGUGUAGGAGUUUAUGUUUCUCCCUUUUUCAACAACUACUUUUUCCAGAAUGUGAUGUAGAAUCAAAAUAUAUCUUUAAAAUUGAUUUUCUUUGUGAAUGUGGAACUCGAUUGUUAUCGAAUAAAGCUUUGAGAAAUAUUUUAAACUGUGCAGUGUUCAAACAUUUCCAAUCAGAGUUAUCGUAUUGUAAAAUAGUGCUAAUCAUUUAAUAUAUUAUUUGGAAUCAUUAGGUGCGUGUGAGAGAGGGACUAUAAUGUUUGGACGAAAACGAGGAAUGAAAGCUAUGGUUGUGAAAUAUUUAAUUCGAGUGUGCUAAUCUAGUCAUGUAUAAAUUAUUUGUAUUGCAUUAUAUAUUGAUAGGUUGUGUUUACAAUUCGUGUGUGCUUAUCUAGUCGAGUUGUAUAUGUUUAAUAUGAAACAACAAAUUUCCCAUGGACACUUACUAAAUAAGUAACCAUACGAAUAAUUUGUUAUUUACAUAUCAAAUUUAUACAUAUUUUAUUAUUUGAAUGAUUAUAUAGAUACACUACGUUUAAUUGUUAUGUUUUUGUUCUGUAAGGAAUUUCGUCAUUCCGCAUGAGUAUUACUCAAUAAAUGAGCGACUAAAUGGGACAUAUUAUUUUUGUGCAAAUCAUCUGUAAAUAGAAUGCAGUUUUUAACGAUCAUGUAACUCUUUUUAAAGCAGAAAUUGAAGUUUAUUUUCAUAAAUAUAUAUAUUUUUAACCACAUUUCUAUGGGUUUCUUUUUACAUUCUCUUCUUUAUAAUUUGAAAACGGUUAUUGUGCGUUUAAUGACAUUAACUAGCAUUAACUAGCAACAUUACGACAUGAUAAUUUAAUCGAUACAUCAAAUAUCGUUAUAAGUUUGUACACCAAACGCCCCUCUUCAGAUGAGUAGGACAAGUUCAACAUCUUUCUUCAAACGGUUUGAUAAGAUAUGUCCGACUGAUGAGAAUUGAGAUCACAAUGGGGUGGUAUGUAAGAGAAAGAAAGUUUAUGCUACUUUAGAAACCUUCUGGCUUCAAUAAUUUUUCCUAUGUCCUACUUUUUUAUUCAUUUAACAUAUCUUGUAUUUUAAUUAGAUUGAACAUUCUUCCAAGUUUAGAACAAUAUAAUAGUACAUAAAUGUUAUAUUCUUCUCCAUGCAUCAGUGUGAUUUAAUGUUAUAUAGAUAUAAUAUAACAAUGCCAUUAAGAAUACCAGGUUUCAAACUGUAGUACACCAGAGGAGUGUUUCCAUUUGAUUUUGCCAUUUGAUUAGGACAUUCCGUUUUGAAUUUCCUUGGAGUUCAUUAUUUUUUGUUAUUUUUACUUUUUUCCUCUAUACAAAAUUCAUAACUGUUGAUCAAAUGAAAACAGUUGGAAGAUGUAUUUAAUAAAGCAAUGGAGAGCACAAAAGCAAACAUUUUUUUCGAUCUUGCUACGGUGUUUAUGCCCAAGGGUAGAAAAAUAAAGUUUCAAAUUAGUUCGGCAUUUGGUUAAAAACUAAAUAGGUAGAUCUUACACCAUUAUGUGUUUAACCUACAUGGUCGAAAUUUAAUUGAAGUCAAAUCAUAAUAGUGUGAUCGGUUCAAAUAUUACACGUCCAUCAAUUACCCAUACUUGUCGUUUUGAAUAUUCAUGAAAUGUUUAUCCUUGGAGUAAAGCAAAGAGCGGUCAAUCAACAAAUUAAUAUCAGAAUAAAACAAACUAAAAAAUUUUGGUUUGCAUUUCUGUAUAGUUGUACUUCGUAUUUCAAUUUCCGUCGAAGAAAUUUGCUAUAAAUAAAUAUUCGAGAAACCGUCUGCAAAUAAUGUAUAUAAUUAUGUGAAGUGUACAAAAUGUUUUUUCAUUGUUUUAAUAAAGAAUUAUUUUGUGUG